GGGCAAACUUUCUCUCCCAUGUUUGGCAUGCCCUCCCCGGGUGGUUUAGUAGCAACUAGUGGUCCGGUUCAUUCAGUCUCAGCCGUACCAUCUACAACAAUGGUCACUACAGUCCUACUGUCCAGCCAGGCUCAGGUUAGUAUGCAACAGCCUGUUCCAGUGGCUAUGCAGCCGCUGCAGCAAGCACCUGGGCCCAUGCAGCCUAUGCGGUGGAUGCCCAAGAUAGCUUUGAUGAGCCCAAAGCCCUUCUCUGGCGAUAAGAAAAAGGAGGAGAACUUGGACACCUGGGUGAGAACUGUGCCUACCUAUGUGAGGCAUAAGCUCACAAGGCCAGAGCAAGAAGUUGUAGUGGCUGCCUCCUUUUUAGAAGGAUCAGCAGCCCGCUGGUUAAAUGGCUUAGUGCAGCAACAGGGCUACGGUCAAAACUUUGAUGCACAAUCCCAGACAUUGGAAGAGUUCAUACGGUCCGUGUACAACAGGUGGCAUGACCCACAAGGGGCUCAGAAGGCCACUGACGCUAUCAACAGUCUUUGUUCCCGAAGGUUCAAGAAUGUUAGAGAGCUUAAGGACGCAGUAGAACAACUAAUCGUGGUACCUGGUGUGCGUUUUGACCAGCAGGUUCUCCUAACGGAUUACCUAAGGUGCCUACCUUCAGAGGUAAGGACCAAGCUUGUUGACGGAGCCUAUGUUGAACAACACACCUUCGCUUCUUUCGAUAAGAAAGCUCUGGACAUCGAGGCAAAGCUAGGAUCUGCGCAUCAGGCACCCAACGAUGGUAGGAAGAGACUGCCCCUAGAUUGGAAGAAAAAGGGUCAGUUAAUGUUCGUUGACCAUGAUGGUCAAACAACGGAGAUUGACGACUACUCAGACCUUGGGGAGUUCACAGAGCACGAUGGGGGUGGUGAGACUUCAGAUGGUGGAGUCGUGGCACCCAUCAAGGAAAAGGCUAGGGGGGCCGGGAAGAAGAAGGUAGGACGGUCCACAGGUCAGGGCGACCAAGGAACACCCGCAUGGGUGAAGAUUGGUUUAGAAUAUGAGGUGUGGCGUGACCGCGUUGCUAAAGGUACAUGCAUGAACUGUGGCAACUAUGGCCACACGUCCAGAACUGUAGCUUCUACGCUAGCCAACAAGCACCAAAUGGUGGUAAAGGACUAUGUCAAGGACGUAGCCUGUUCCUUCUCCUAUGGAGGAGGGGAAGUGAUCCACAAGAUCUUUUUCCUGGUAAGCGACGAACUGCCAUUCGAUAUGCUACUAGGCAUGUACUACCUCGAAGUCUCGCAACCUCAGUUUGACUGGGAUAGAAAGGUGUUGAUCCACAAAUUGCCCAACGGUAGAACAGUUAGAUUGCAAAAGUUCAAAGCUAGCAGUCUAAUAGAAAACUACGGGUGUAUGUUCGCCUCAUCCUUCUGUAACUACUAUAAGCAGAAUCAAGAGGAGGGCAUGUAUCUAGUCUUUGUCCCUGAAAAAGGGGAGGCCGUUAAAGCACCCCCAGAGAUAGAAAGAGUCGUCGUACAAUGUUCAGACCUUUUUGAGGAGCCCACAGGUGUGGUGGAAAGGGAGGUUGUACAUGCAAUAGAGAUUGUCCCAGGUAGUAAGGUGCCUAGAGGAUGAAUCUAUAGGAUGUCUCCCCUGGGGUUAG